GUGAUAGGAUCUUCACAUAUAAGUGGUGAAGAUAGUGUUCCACAAGCUCAAGUAUUCAGCCAAAUGUGUCCACCCGAGGUUGAAUCCAUAGCUAAGAAACCACAACGCAGUGCCAACUUCUCCAUCCAAGAAGACAAUCUUCUUGUGUCUGCAUUUCUUAAUGUUAACCAAGAUGUAGUGCAAAGUACUAACCAAAAAAAAAGGAACUUACUGGAAAAGAAUUUCAGACUACUACCACAAGUGGAAGACCUUUGAGUCUACGCGUACUCAAACUUCUCUAAUGAAUCGGUGGUCAACAAUUCAACAAUGCACCAAUAAGUUUUGUGGGUAUUUGUCACAAAUUGAUUCAAUGAAUCAAAGUGGUAUGACCAAGGAAGACAAGCUUAAUAAGGCAAGACAACAGUAUCAAACACUCCAAGGUUCCACAUUUUCAUAUGAACAUUGUUGGAAUCUUUUGAAGCACUCAGCAAAAUGGUUGCGUACUAUUCAAGAGCAUAGACCAAAAAGGGGAAGACUUGAGACAACAUCUUCAUCUCCUACUCUAGAGCCAAUAGAUUUAGAGGAUGAAGAUAUCCCACAUGUUCCUAAUGUAUUGGAGAGACCACCAGGCAAGAAGGCUGAGAAAGAAAGAUUGAAAAAACAAAAGAGCAAAGAAGGUACAUCUUCAAAUAUGGAAGCCUUAUUAAAUGUCAUGAUAGAAUAAAGAAGAAAAAUGAAUGAGAUGAAAAUAGCUGCUAUUGAAAAAGGAUGUCUUGCAAACCAUGAGCAAGAGAUGGCACAAAUUCAUCUCGAAGAUAGAAAACUUACAGCGGCACAAAUGAAAAUGGAAUUGGAAAUGGAAAAAUUGAAAGAGGAUAGGGAAAUAGAAAAAUUGAGAUUGGAGAAUAUGAAGGAGGAAAAAGAGAUUGUGAUGAUGGAUGUAAGUGUGUUGCCUCCAAUGCAACAAGAAUAUAUUCAUCAACGCCAAAUGGAAAUCCUUGAAAAGCGAAGGAAUUAGCUUGCCAUGGGGUGCUCUUGUUUUGUAUAGUUAGGAGAGCACUUUAAACUUAUUUUGUUGCAAUGUGAUCAAACUGACUAGAA